AUGAGACCUUUUGAUACAGGACACGAAGAUUUGGUUCAUGAUGUUUCAUAUGAUUUUUAUGGUAGAUAUGUUGCUACUUGUUCGUCAGAUCAACAUGUUAAAGUGUUUCGAUUAGAUAAAGAUAGUAAUGAAUGGAUAUUAAGUGAUUCUUGGAGAGCUCAUGAUAGCAGUAUUGUUUCAGUCGAUUGGGCUAGUCCAGAAUAUGGUAGAAUUAUUGCCACUGCCUCAUACGACAAGUCUGUUAAAAUAUGGGAGGAGGAUCCAGAUCAAGAUGAAUGUUCAGGACGUCGUUGGACUAAGUUAUGCACUUUGAAUGAUUCUAAAGGUUCUUUGUAUAGCGCCAAAUUUGCUCCAUCUCAUUUAGGUUUGAAAUUAGCUUGUAUUGGGAAUGAUGGUAUUUUAAGAAUUUAUGAGGCUUUAGACCCUUCUGAUUUAAGAUCAUGGACUUUAACUACUACUGCAAAGGUUCUAAAUGUCCCACCAGCUAGUCAUUUACAAAGUGACUUUUGCAUUUCAUGGUGCCCAUCACGAUUUCAAACUGAAAGAAUUGCUGUUUGUGUACUAGAUCAAGCAAUUAUAUACCAAAAGAAUACCCAAGAUAGUAAGUUCUAUAUCGCAGGUAAAUUAGAAGGACAUAAUGGACUAAUAAGAAGUGUUUGUUGGGCUCCAUCGAUCGGAAGAGCUUACCAACUAAUUGCUACUGGCUGUAAAGAUGGUAAAGUUCGAAUUUAUAAAGUUACUGAAGAUUUGAAUAACUCAGGAGUAAGUGGCACUGUUUCUAAUUCUGCAACCACUACAAAUAGCAAUGGCAGUGAUAUAUCUACGAGAUCUAUUAGUAAUGAUAAUACAACCGAUGGUGCCAGUAAUCAACGUGAAGAUACACCAUCAUCAAACAACUCUUUAAAGCGUACUAAUAAUAGUUUAUUGCAUAUGCCAUUGAAUAUUGAGUUGUUGAGUGCACAUGAUGACCACGGUGGUCAAGAAGUUUGGUCAGUUUCAUGGAAUUUAACUGGUACAAUUUUAAGCAGUGCAGGGGGUGAUGGUAAAGUGCGUUUGUGGAAAGCUACGUAUUCGAAUGAAUUCAAAUGUAUGAGCGUAAUAACUGCACAACAGACAUAA